AUGACCGCUGAAAACGAACGCGAAAUAUAUCAUAAAUUAGAAGCUAUGAAAGAGAUCAGCGAAGCCAUCUUGAAUGAAGUGCGUAGUGGGGACCAGGAGGGCCGCUGCUUGGCUCAGUACAAACGAGAAAUGGAACUUCUGCAGCAGGAAAAGAUGAGUCAUGUGGAGGAAUUGCGACAGAUACACGCUGAUAUCAAUGCUAUGGAGACGGUGAUAAAGCAGACGGAGGAGAGCAUGACGCGCAAACUUUCCAACGCGUCCCGGCUGCACGAGGACUAUCGCCCGCUGAAGACCGAAGUGGAUCUGCUGCGUAGGCAGUGUCUCGGCCUGGAUCGGCUGCCCGACUUGCACGAGGAGGAAGGCAGCCCCAUCACACCUGAUCGGUUCCCGGCGCUGCCGGCGGGGGCGGGCGCGAGCGCGGGCCCGGGCGGGGGUGCGGGUGCGGGGGCGGCGGGGCCGGGCGCUGGGCUCGUUCCUGCCGCCCCGCGGCGCCGCGCAAGCCGCCGCCGCCGCCGCCUGCGUUCAGGUCUGCUCUCGACCAAGAUUUCAUUACCACAACAGCCGCCGCCGAUGAAGUCGUGCCUGUCAUGCCACCAGCAGAUCCACCGCAACGCGCCAAUCUGUCCGCUGUGCAAGGCCAAGUCGCGCUCGCGCAACCCCAAGAAGCCCAAGAAGAAGUAG